UCGGCGAAGGGGGCGGAGGACAUCUUGGCCAAAGUGCGGAGGCCCGCGACCAUCGCACAUGGGCCUGGCGCUGGGCGGUGUGUAAUCACAUGACCAUGUGGUCUCGGCAGCGCUGCCGUCGUUACCUACGACGACACAGUCGACCAGCGCAUUUUGCAAUUUUCUCGUCUCCAAGACACGAUCAUGGUGGAAGCGUCGACGUGGCUAGAUCCAGGAUUCCCAACGACAAACGAUCCGUGGGAUGCCUUUCACUUGGAGCCUGCGUCGCUUCUCGACAAGGAUUGCUUUGCGAUCGACCUGGACCUGAGCGAAGUUUUGCUGUUUGAUCCGAUCCCGUACGAGACGUCGUCGCCCAAACUCGAGCCCGUCGACGAGCGUUUGGCGCCGCCGGUACAGCCACUGGCAGUCCCUGCCGACGCCAUCGCCCAGGUUUUGCCGCAAGAAAUUCCCGGCCAGUGCCUCAAGCAUCUGUGCCAGAACGCGAUCGGGUACCGCGGGUUUUGCAAAGAUCACGGCGGUGCGCGCAAGUGUCGCAUCGUCGGGUGCCCCAAAGGCAGCCAAGGCCGCAACCUGUGCAUUGCCCACGGCGGCGGGAAGCGAUGCAAAGUCGAAAACUGCCCCAAGUCGGCGCAGUCGCAUGGGCUGUGCAAAGGCCAUGGCGGUGGUGCCCGUUGUACGUUUGCGAAUUGCAACAAAAGCUCGCAAGGCGGUGGGUUCUGCCGUAAACACGGUGGCGGGAAGCGUUGUGAUGUGGCCAAGUGCAAGAACAGCGCGCAACGUGGCAACUUUUGUGCCAAGCAUGGCGGAUCCAAGGCGUGCCAAGCCGAGAACUGCGCCCGAACCGACCGGGGCGGCGGGUACUGCGAGCUCCAUCGACACUACAAGAUCCUUCGCUUGACCAAAAAGUUGCAGGACGAAAUGACGUCGGUGUAAAGACCGACGCGCGAUCUAAUUUAUCAUCAAAGUGUGCCCUA